UAUAGAUCCAUUCACAUCAAUUGUCUAGUAUUGCAAGAUGAUGGUUGCUAUGGACUUCGACUUGAAUUUGUUACCAUUACCUGAAGAAGAAGAUAAGAAGACUUUGCAAGGUCCUGCAGAACAAUAUUCCACGGCGGCACCAAACCUUGAACAAAUGCUAUUCGGUGUAGAUAUAGCACACAGCGAGAACCAAGAGAGACAUAAGCGAAUGAGACUAGAACAAUGCUCAGAUGAUCACAGAUCAGUACUAAUGCAGAUGCAAACAUCGACAUCUCAACCGCCUCCUUCAUAUGAUUCGUCUCGAGUUCAACCAAAACAUUUUGUCAGGUCUUAUGACACAUCUAAACUCCCCUCUGGGUGGUUGGAUUGCCCAUCGUUUGGUCAAGAGAUAUAUUGCAUGAUACCUUCUAAAGUGCCACUAGGUGAGUCCUACAAUCAUUAUGUUCCUCCUGGUAAAAGAUACUCACUCAAGCAAGUCAUUCAGAAACAGAGACACCUGAAAAGAAAACUCGGUUUGGUGAUCGAUUUGACCAACACAUUCAAAUCUCGUUACUAUCCAACCUCGGAUUUGGAGAAAGAGGGUAUUAGGCAUGUCAAAAUUCCAUGCAAGGGGCGAGAUUCUGUACCCGACAACCUUUCCGUGAAUAGGUUUGUAUACGAGGUCAUACGAUUCAAACAGAUGUACCCUAAGAAGUAUAUCCUUGUGCAUUGUACACAUGGACACAAUCGAACAGGGUAUAUGAUCAUACAUUACUUAAUGCGCAUGCUACCGAUGCAUACAGUCACUGAAGCAAUACAAACAUUUGCUAAAGCGCGCCCUCCGGGAAUAUAUAAACCCGACUACAUUGAUGCUCUAUACUCAUUCUACCAUGAAAGGAAGCCUGCAGAAAUUGUUUGGCCGCCUACUCCAGAUUGGAAGAGGUCUUCAGGAUUUGUUCCAGACGACGACGAUGAUCAUCAAGGUUUAGCAGGUCCUUUGCAUGAGGAUAUGGAUACAGAUAUAAUGACAAAUGAUGAUAUCUUGGGUGAUGAGAUACCUCCUGAGCAGCAAGAGGAGAUGCGGCUGUUCUGCUGCCAAAGUCUUAAUACGCGUUGUAAGAAUAUAAGCUCGGCAUUCCCAGGGUCACACCCAGUUUCUCUUAGCAGAGAAAAGCUACAGCUGUUGAAGCAGAGGUAUUAUUAUGCUACAUGGAAAGCUGAUGGAACACGAUACAUGAUGUUAAUUACUAAGGACGGGUGUUACUUGAUUGAUAGAAAAUUCAAUUUUAGGAGAGUUCAAAUGAGGUUUCCUUGCAAACACACAAAUGGUUUAGCUGAGAAUGGUACUAGUACUCACCACUAUACGUUACUAGACGGGGAGAUGGUGAUUGAUACUGAGCCAGGUUCACAGAAGAAGAAGAGAAGAUACCUAAUUUAUGACAUGAUGGCAAUCAACAACCGUCCUGUGGUAAAAUUGCCUUUUCAUGAGCGGUGGAAGAUGAUUGAGGAAGAAGUAAUUCAGCCUCGGAAUGAGCAGCGUCGAGUUUACCAAAGUAGGAAUAAUCCCAACUACAGAUAUGACUUGGAACCAUUCACGGUGAGGAGGAAGGGCUUUUGGUUGCUCUCUACGGUUGAAAAGCUUCUGAAGGACUUCAUUCCAAAGCUUUCACAUGAUGCAGAUGGUGUGAUCUUUCAGGGUUGGGAUGAUCCAUACGUUCAGGGAGCAGAUGAAGGCCUUCUAAAGUGGAAAUAUCCUGCUAUGAACUCUAUUGAUUUUCUAUUUGAGGUAAGUGGUGAUGGCCGGCAACAGCUUAUUUUUCUGUAUGAACAAGGAAAGAAGAAACUAAUGGAAGGAUAUAGGAUUACGUUUAGGGAUAGUGUGGAAUCUUUUUAUUCCGGAAAAAUAAUAGAGUGUUCUUGGGAUUCUGAGACAAAAGAAUGGGUCUAUAUGCGGACUAGGACUGAUAAAUCGGCUCCAAAUGACAUCAAUACCCACGACAAGAUAAUGCAAAGCAUAAAGGACAAUAUCACAGAGGACGUCUUGCUAAAUGAGAUAUAUAUGACCAUUCGUCUGCCUAUAUAUGUUCAUAGAAUACAGAAAGAUAGCAAAGCAGCAGAGAAGCAUGCAAGUUCAGCAAGGUAG